GAAGCUCCUUUUAAGAUCCUAAUUAUCCAUGAUGUUGUGCUCUUGUGAAAACGAAGAAAAGUAGAGAUGGAGUUUCCAGGGUGUCUUCUGCUGCUUGAUGAUGAAAGAAUGAAAUGGCAGAUGUGGAGCUUGACAUAAGUAACUGUGAAGAAAGAUGAGGAGGUUUUGUGUGAUGAAAGCACAAACCUACCCAACAGGUGCAUUAAGCACACAAACAAUGAGCAAAGCAGUCAACAACGAAAGAGAAAGAGAAAGAGAGAAAGAGAGAGAUGUUGACCAAGCAUCUUGCGGGUGAGCUACCUACCUUCCCCUCACACGCUCAAUGGCGUUGAAAUUCUUUAACAAAAUCAUGCGCCUUUGAUGCCUUUAUGCCAUGCAAUUCCAAUUGGCACCCCUUAUAUAUUAAGAAUAAGAAGCCUACCAGAAAAACAAAAACCAACUCAAACAAAUAUUCCACGUCUUCCCUUUUGGCCUCAAAGAAUUCAAAGACGGGUAGAGAGAAUUCACAACUUGUGUUGAAAGAAAGAAAAGACAAUUAUAGAAAUUUCUUUUGAAAAGCAAAAAUAAUAGAGACAUGGGGCGUAUUCCAUGCUGUGAGAAGGACAACGUGAAAAGAGGACAGUGGACACCUGAGGAAGAUCACAAACUCUCCUCCUACAUUGCUCAACAUGGCACUCGCAACUGGCGUCUCAUUCCCAAGAAUGCUGGUCUCCAGAGAUGUGGGAAGAGCUGCAGGCUAAGGUGGACUAAUUACCUUCGUCCUGAUCUCAAACAUGGCCAAUUCUCGGAUUCAGAAGAGCAAACCAUUGUCAAGCUUCAUUCAGUUUUCGGUAACAGAUGGUCACUGAUAGCAGCCCAGCUGCCAGGACGCACUGACAAUGAUGUCAAAAACCACUGGAACACCAAGCUAAAAAAGAAACUGUCAGGUAUGGGUAUAGACCCUGUAACCCACAAGCCAUUUUCCCAUCUAAUGGCCGAAAUUGCUACCACAUUGGCACCUCCACAGGCAGCUCACUUGGCUGAAGCAGCCCUUGGCUGUUUCAAAGAUGAAGUGCUCCACCUUCUUACCAAGAAGCCAAUUAACUUCCAUGGCCAGCAUUCCGCUGCAGCACUGGGGAAUAACUUCACUGAUUACAUUAAUUGUAAGUCAGAUGAAAAGGACGCAACUGUUGAGAAGAUCAAGUUUGACCUAUCCAAGGCCAUGCAACAAGAAUCUGAAAUGAUGCCUUCAAAUAAACCUUGGGACUCCACCGCAAAUACAUCUGCAAGUUUUGUGAUGCCAUAUAGUGUUUUCCCUACAAUAUCUGGUUAUCAGUUCUCCCCGUCAUCUUUCGGCAAUAAAGGGGAUGCAUCUCCAUGGAGCCAAAGUGUAUGCACUGGAAGCACAUGCACAGCCAUGGAUCGGCAGAGCCAAUUGCAUGAAAAACUUGAAGAGGAAAAUGGUGAUGAUUCUGAGGCCACGAAGGAAAUUCGAAAUCUAUCCAAUAUAUUCAACUCAGAUUGUGUCGUGUGGGAUCUACCAGCCGAUGAUUUAAUUAACCCCAUGGUUUAAAAAAAUUACAGUGCAGACGAAAGUUAGAAGCUCAACUUUUGAGAUUAGAUUAAGGAAUAAAUUUCUUAAAAAGAAUAUCAAUGGUACAAAAUGUAAAUAAAAACUAUUUUACAACUAUCAAUGCAGCCAAUACACAAAAAAUGAAAAACAUACUUUCCUAACUAUUAUUUUCAGUACUCUCUCCCAAAUAGCAUCUUUGUAUUUUUAAUCAA